CCACUAUGAACGGGCACCCGCCAGCUCCUACCCACGCUCCCGCAGCGAACGGCCAACGACCCUCCAUGAGCGCAUCUCCCGCCCUCCGCCCAGGGAAUACGCCAAUAGGCCCAAAUGGGCAACCGAUGCGGAGGCCCCGUCGGCGGCCCCAGACAGACCCAAUGCGCCCGGCGCAGCGGCCGCUCAAGCAGAUCUCGCGGCCUAUCAUGUCUCUGACCCAGAUGAACGAGAAACAAGGGAAGCAGGUCGGCCCGGCUGCCAAGGAGAAGGAGGACGAGGUCCCUUUAGAGGCUGCCCGCCAAGAGUAUCUCGCAAAGGGUGCCAUGGUCCUGCCAUUGGUCGUUACCAAGCGUGAUCUUAAGGAGCUUCGCCAUCACGUUAUGAGGCUCCAGCAGUCCAAGGGCAAGGUUGAAAUCAUGGACCACGACCAAUUCACACCGCCGAUUCGCCUUCACCGCCGCGACCCCCGUGCUCCCCCGAGUGGUGCCGGGACGCAGUUCAUCGAAGAGGACACGAAGGAGGACCUUGAGGAGAGUAAGGAGCGUGAGCGGCUCGAGAUUCAAAAGGAGGAGCGUCGAAAGAUUCGGGAGGAGAAUCAAGCUAAGAUUGCUCCCUCCGCGACGAAGAAGCCGCCAGCGUUCCAGAAGAAGACUGAGCAGAAGUUCCGCCCAGACGACACCCCAGAGGCAGAGAAGCGACGCCUGCUGCGGUACGAAGAGACUCUUCCUUGGCACCUCGAGGAUUUUGAGAACAAACAGACGUGGGUGGGCACAUACGAGUCAGAGCUUUCCGAGGCCCACCUCAUGCUUACGACCGACUUCGUGAACGGCCGCGAUGUCAUUCAGAUGGUGCCACUAGAGCGAUGGUAUAGAUUCAAUGCUAAGGGCAAGGUGAAGGGUUACACGGCAGACGAAGUCGAUGCAAUUUGGAAGAAGGAGGAUCUCAAGGACCAGUCUGGAAUUCUAGGUGGUAUACAAGCAAACACCAUUAAGGCAGAGCAGCAAGAAAUGAAGCGGAUAGGCAGAGGUGCUCCUCGGAUGAAGACCCGCAUAGGCGGCGGUGCCGACGAUGAAGGUGCGCCGACAGGACGACGCCCAGAUGACGAUAUGCCCGUCAUCAAACGUGAAGCGGAUGCGGACGACAUUGACUACAAUGCGGAAGAGGAUUUUGCCGAUGACGAGGAGGGUCUCAACGGACUUUUUGAAGGUGAUGAAGCCGAUGUCAAGGACGCAGCCGAAAAGCUGAAGCGCGAUCACUUGCAGGCUUCAAUCUUCGAAUUGCGGAACGAAGAAGAAGUUUACCGCCAGGAGGAGCAGGAGGAGAGAGAACGAGAGAUGCAGAAGAAGCUGGAGAAGAGUAUUCGGAAAGCUCUCACGAAACGGGAGAAAAACUAUGAUUUCGAGUCCUCCGACUCAAAUCCGUACGAGUCUUCGAGCGAGUCUGAUACCGACUCGGAGACCGAGCGACAGCGAGCGAAGGAGGAGGAAGAACGAAAAGCUGCAGAGCAAAAUGGGAAGCCUAAUGAAGGCGAUAAGCUGGCGUCAGGAACAUCGACAAAGGGAACGACUACUCCAUCAGGCGCACACAAGCCGAUUGACAUGAACAAGAAGAAGCGACCCGGAUCACCAAACCUGUCGGAAGCUAGCGGCAAUGAAUCCUCGCGCAAGAAGCACAAGAAGAAGCACGCAGAUGGUUCUCGCAAGACUUCUCUUGUCCACCUGUCUACGAACAAUGAGCUGUCGAAACGUGGGGCAGCUUCUGGCAGCGAUAGCGAGAUGACCGACGCUGGCAGGAAGAAGAAACAAAAGCUCAAGCUCAAGGUUGGGACCUCGCCUAGUGGUAGCCCUGGUGGCAGUCGGGCGGGAAGCCCAGCGGCUUCUCAGGUGAACGGCAGCCGCGCUGGUAGUCCCGCUGCAUCGAACCAGACACUUCCUCAGCCUUCGCACACUCGUCUCCCCUCUGCCGCUGAAAUAUAUAAAGCACUCCCUGCGGAUGGUAUGACCAUUCAAGGUCUUAUCAAUAUUUUCAAGGAUCGAGUUGACAAGACGAACACUCAGCUAUUCAUUCGGCUAGUUAAAGCUGUGUCAAGUUUUGACAAACAGAGGUCUUGGCUUAUUCCCCUCCCCCAAAUGCCCUCAGAUGAGCAGAUUCAAACG